UUCACCGUCUUCGCCGUACAUCCGAAAUGCAACGUUUACAAAAAUUCCAAAAUGCUUCAUGUCAAUUCAAGGAUCUUCACCAGCAUAUUACUUCUACUUGUAUCAAUCAGCAUUAAAGGUGCAAAAGGAAUAGUUGGAGUCAACUAUGGCAUGAUGGCAGACAAUCUUCCUACACCCGAACUCGUCUCAAAAUUUCUCCAAGAAUCCACCAUCAUUAGCCAUAUCAGGAUCUUCAACACUGAUCCAGAUAGCUUAAAGGCCUUUGCCAACACCGGCAUCGCUGUUAGUGUCACUAUUCCUAAUGAUCAAAUUUCAUCUUUCACUGAUCUCGAAUUUGUUCAGAAAUGGCUAGUGACAAGCAUCAUGCCUUAUUCUCUAGAUACCAAUAUAGUCCGAAUCCUGGUUGGUAACGAAGUAAUUUCCUCAGCAAAUAGACUAAUGAUCACAAAUCUUGUCCCAGCAAUGCAAACCAUAUACACCGCUCUUGUCAAUGAGUCCUUAGACAAAAGUAUCAAAGUCUCCACACCUCAUUCUUUAGGCAUACUUGAAACAUCUAGCCCACCAUCUGCAGCAAAAUUUAGGCCAGGCUACGACAACCAUGUCAUCAAGCCAUUACUUAGUUUUCUAAGAGCCACAGACUCUCCUUUUCUAAUCAAUCCAUACCCCUUUCUUGGCUGUUCAAAUCAGACUCUAGAUUACGCGCUCUUUAGGCCUAAUUCCCAGGUGCUUGAUGAAAUUACAAACCUUACUUACACAAACAUGCUAGAUGCACAGUUAGAUGCAGUCUACUCUGCACUCAAAGUAAUUGGUUUUGCUGAUAUAGACAUUGUUAUAGCGGAAACUGGAUGGCCUUCCAAGGGGGAACCAGGCCAGGUUGGUGUCGAUGUAGAAAGUGCAGCUGAGUACAACAAAAAACUUGUGCUGCAUGUGAAAUCUAUGGUUGGGACGCCGCUGAUGCCUAACAGGACUUUCGAGACUUAUAUUUUCGGACUUUUUAAUGAAAAUCUCAAGCCAGGACCGAUCAAUGAAAGAAACUUUGGACUGUUCCAUCCCAAUUUUACUCCAGUGUACGAUAUUGGGAUUCUGAGAACAGAAGUAUUUGCUUCUAGUGUCUGUAAGCACUGUCAUGAUACUAAGUAUCUGUUCAUGAUAUCAAUGCUUUUAUAUGUAGCAUUUGUUCUGGCUGGCUAAUGCAAAAUAUAACUUUUCUCAAAUUAGGUGUGUAGCUUAAUCUUAGCUGGCGUAAAGACUUGUGGAUCCUGAUCGAGGGACAUUUUUAGUUCUCCCGACAAAAGAACUUACAUUUGAAUUUGUUUAUCGAAUUUUCUAUGGUGUGCCCAUGGGCACACAAUAGUCACUAACUUUUAUGAAAAUACUAGCUCCUCAUUGGUGGAUAUGUAAUAAAUGUUUGUGGCCCCCUGCAUUCGCACCAAUCAAAAUAGCCCAUUUUCAUAAAAGUUUGUGAUUAUUGUAUGUGCCCUCAAAAAGAUCGUUUGUUUAUUAUAGAGGGCCUAUUUAGUCCGGACUUAAUAAUGUAUGAAUUUUAAUAAUUAUACAUGAUU